CAAGGCGUCGUCCUGGAAAGAAGUUUUCAAAGCGACUUCGUGUUCGUCGAGGCGAUGCAUCAGAAAGGAUUCAUAACCGAGGAGUUCUACCAGUUCUACAAGGAAUUAAGAAAGGCCCUUCUGCCAACCAUCAUUCUCCAACCCCAUCUGGUGAUCUACUUGGAUCGUCCGGUUAAAGAUUGUUUGGCCUACAUAAAGAAGCGAAACAUCCCAUGGGAAAAUAAUGGUAAAGUGAUUGACAUGACGUACCUUGGAACGAUCGAGUCCAAAUAUCGAGAUUAUUUGAAAGAAGUAGAUUACGAAUCAGAAAUCCUCAUUUACGAUUGGACAGUUCCUGGCAGCGUCGAUUCGAUCGUUCAAGACAUCGAACACCUCGAUCUAGACACAUAUGAGUGGCACAAGCAUUCAAAGUUUGAAAAUUGGUCGAACGUUGCUGAUGAAGAUACCUGGUGCCAUCUACGUCACAAGUACACCCACAAACUAGGCAUUAUGAAGUAUUUUAAAAUGUUUCCAUACGACGUUCCGGAACUGUUUUAUCCCCCUGAUGAUUUCUAUCAACGGGACUGGGUGAUAAAAAACGUGGUAUGUAUUGGUCAGAUUUUUUUGAAUCGUUUUGCACGUGGAAUGACGUGA